UUGUACGCUGCCGCAAAGUGUCAUGGCGGCGUGCAUGUCCGCAAGACGACGGCAGAUGAACUCUCCUUAAAAACGUGGAUUUUGUUUCGACGAAGGUGGAAGUUUCCAGAAGAUAUGAUGAUGAUUUCUUCGUUGGUGCGCCGAGUUGGCCGCCUCGUGCACCCAGCCCUACUUCCGGCUACAAGCCCCGCCCCCCUGUUCACCUGCAGGACGCUGGCCUCCAAGCAGGUCAAAGGUGACAGGAAGGAGCAGAGGCCAAAGGUCAACAGGAACAAACAGGAAGUGGAAAUCUGGCAGAGGAUGACGGUGGAGGCGCUCGCUCGCGCCAUGGACCGAGACUUUGAUCACAUUGUGGAGGCGCUGCUGAAUACGUCGCUGGAUGUGGACUGUCUGGAGCCAGACUCGGUUCUGGACGAGAGGUGGAUCAAAGAGGUGGUGACGCGCUCAGGAAUGAAGUUCCGAUGGGCCAAACUGAGCGAGAGUCAAGAAAGAGAGGACAGAGACGCCGUGCCACGACCUCCGGCGGACCAGAGCAGAAUGGUGCAGCGCCCCCCAGUGGUGACGAUCAUGGGUCACGUGGACCACGGCAAGACCACGCUGCUGGAUAGUCUGAGGAAAAGCCAGAUUGCCGCCAAGGAGGCCGGCGGCAUCACGCAGCACAUCGGAGCCUUCCGAGUGGAGUUGCCCACAGGUGAGAGCAUCACCUUCCUGGACACGCCCGGCCAUGCCGCCUUCUCCGCCAUGAGGGCGCGUGGAGCCCACGCCACAGACAUGGUCAUCCUGGUGGUGGCGGCCGACGACGGCGUGAUGAAACAGACGGUGGAAUCCAUCCAGCACGCCAAGCAAGCCGCAGUUCCCAUCAUCGUGGCGGUCAACAAGUGCGACAAACCUCAGGCCGACCCUCAGAGGGUCAAACUGGAACUCCUGGCUCACGAUGUGGUCUGCGAGGAAUUGGGAGGAGACGUUCAGGCCAUCCACGUCUCCGCCCUCAAGGGGGACAACCUGCAGGCUCUGGUGGAGGCCACGGUGGCCCUGGCAGAGGUGCUGGAGCUGAAGGCGGAGCCUGAUGGCCCGGUGGAGGGCGUGGUCAUCGAGAGUCGCACAGACAAAGGCAAAGGUCCCGCCACGACUGCCAUCGUCCAGCGGGGGGCGCUGAAGCGAGGCUCUAUCCUGGUGGCAGGGAAGACUUGGGCAAAGGUGCGCUACCUGUUUGACGAGAAGGGCCGAGCGGUCAAAGAGGCGGGGCCAAGCAUGGCGGUAGAGGUGAUUGGCUGGAAGGAGCUUCCGUCUGCCGGCGAUUCCAUCUUGGAGGUGGAGUCUGAGCAGCGAGCCAGGGAGGUGGUGGACUGGAGGAACCAAGAGGCGGAGCUUCAGAGGAUGAGGGCGGGGCAAAGCGCCAUCCAGGUGAAACAGAAAGAACACCUGGAUGAGUACAGGAAGCAGAGGGAGGGGCUGGCCCACCUCCACUGGCGCCAGAGGAGCGCCCUCAACUAUCUAAACACCAAGGGCAAGCUGAGGCCCAGCGAGCAGACGUCCCACGCCGACCUCAGCCUGCCGCUCAUCAUCAAAGCUGAUGUGGACGGCUCUUUGGAGGCCAUCUUGAGUAUUGUGGACACCUACGACGCUCAGGACCAGUGUGGACUGGCGGUGGUUCACUCUGGCAUCGGCGACGUCUCCGAAAAUGACCUCAACAUGGCGGUGACUUUUGGAGGCAGCGUGUACGGCUUCAACGUGGCGGCCGGCAAGUCUAUCCAGCAGAUGGCGGCCAGGCAGGGUGUCCCGCUGAGGCUCAACGCCGUCAUCUACCAGCUGGUGGAGCAGCUGAAGGCGGAGCUUAACAGCAAGUUGCCGCCACUCCUACAUCACAACACUGUGGGUGAGGCGGCGGUGCGGGCCGUGUUCCAUGUGACGCUGGGCAAGAAGAAGAUGGCGGUGGCGGGCUGUCGCGUUCACAAAGGUCAGCUCGAUCGCAAGCUCCGCUUCCGUCUGCUUCGAGGCGGAGAGACGCUGUGGGAAGGUUCUCUGGAGGCGUUGAAGCACCACAAAGACGAGGUGGGCGUGGUGAAGGUGGGAAUGGAGUGCGGCCUGUCGCUGGACUCUGACGUGGCGUUCAACGUCGGCGAUGUCAUCCAAUGUUUGGAGGAGCUGGACGUGCCGCAGGUCACCACCUGGGACCCCGGCUUUUGAUCCAUGCAUCACUUCCUGUUUGACAACCUCCAGACCCAAACGCUUCCACUGUUGAAUACACUCACCAGGAGGAGGAGUUCUUACCUGUGGUUGCCUCUUGGGGGGGGCGUGGCCUUCUGUGCGUCAGCAUGCUCUUGGGUUCCAACAGCUUCCUCUGCAGACCAAAACCGCUUCUUGUUCAGAACUGGUUCCCAGUGUAUCGGUUAUUGUUCAGAACUGGUUCCCAGUGUAUCGGUUAUUGUUCAGAACUGGUUCCCAGUGUAUCGGUUAUUGUUCAGAACUGGUUCCCAGUGUAUCCAUUCUCUUUCACAACUGGUUCCCAGUACAUCCAUUCUUGUUCACAAUGUUUUUUUUUCAUCUGAAGGGGGGCCUGACAGAAAAAGUUCGAGAACCACUGCACUAGUGGUACGUACACUGUGGUUUGUGUACCACUAGUGGUACGUACACUGUGGUUUGUGUACCACUAGUGGUACGUACACUGUGGUUUGUGUACCACUAGUGGUACGUACACUGUGGUUUGUGUACCACUAGUGGGUUCCAUCUUAAAACUCAUUUGACCCCUUUUAGACCAGUUGAUCUGCCGUCUUUCUUUUU